AUGACCCCUCCAGUAACAGAGCAGGAUGCACUUAUUUCUCAUUUUUGUGCUAUCACAGGCGUGAGUCCGGCAGAGGCUCGAAGCUGUCUUAGCAACAACGACUGGGACUUGGACCAGGCUGUUGCGGAAUACUACCCUGACGAGCAAGAUUUUGAGUCUGGGGAAAAUCCUGAAAUAAGAAGCGGACAAUCGCUUGCUGAGGCAAGCCAGGCGGCAGAACCAUCUUCAGCUGCUUCUACGAGAAAGCCAGCAAAAAAAAAGUUCGCAACUCUCCGUGAUCUGAGCUCAUCCGAUCCAGCCCAGGAUGAGCCAGACAGCGAUAAUGAUGAUCCACCAAACCUUUUCACAGGCGGGGAAAAGUCAGGACUAGCGGUUCAGAAUCCUGAUGAUAUAAAAAAGAAAAUAAUUGAAAAAGCAAAAAAAGGGUUACCGCAAGAAGAUGAUUCGCAAUCAAAGAGAUCUUAUUUCACCGGUACAGCCCGCACACUAGGUGGUGAUGACGCCCCGAGCAGGGUUAUUGAAGAUCCAAAUGCAAAUAGCUCAGCAUCACUUGAGCGUGUUAAUCGAACGCUUCAUUUUUGGAAUAACGGGUUUUCUGUAGAUGACGGUGAUCUUUACCGCUCCGAUGACCCGAGAAACGCCCAUAUUCUGGAAAAUAUCCGGCAAGGGCGAGCCCCGCUCUCAAUAAUGAACGUUGAACCAGGACAAUAUGUCGAUGUGGAAGUCAAUCAGCAUGAUACUGAUUACGUGAGACCAAAAUCUCAGUAUAAGCCGUUCUCUGGUGCGGGGCAGCGUUUGGGAAGCCCAACACCGGGUCCCGCCGUUCAAACCAUACCAUUAUCUUCUGCCACCGCGACAAUAGCAACCAAUGCAGAGACGAAGCCGCGGACUCCAGAGAUCGACGACUCGAAGCCUACAAUUACUCUUCAAAUUAGAUUGGGCGAUGGUACGCGGUUAACGAGUCGUUUCAAUGCCACAAGCACCAUCGGCGAUGUCUACGAUUUUGUCGCAGCCUCAAAUACCAGUAGCCAAACGCGCCCGUGGGUUUUAAUGACCACUUUCCCCAGCACUGAGCUAAAAGAUAAGUCGGCGGUUCUUGGAGAACUAAAAGAAUAUCAGCGCGGAGGAGUUGUUGUCCAGAAGUGGGCAUAA